AUGUUUCGUGCAGCCCCACGGUUAAUUGCGCGUCCAGCGCUGCGGAUCGCGCCACUACGGUCAGCCGCGCCGGCCAGACGGUACCUCAGCACCGCUCCACCAUCACAAAAGUCGAGAAGUUUCAAGAGUCUGGUUGCGAGAGUCGGUAUUGCGGGAGCAAUAAUAUACUAUUACAAUACCACAGAUGUUUUCGCGGAAGAGCCAAGACAACUUGCUCAAGCCCUCCCAGAGACCGAAGUCGAAUCCGAACACCUCCCAACCAUCGAAUCUAUCUCCGAAGAGCGCAAGCGGAGACAAGCGGUACAGGCACAACUAGACGCUCAAAAGCAGAAGGAGGCUGCGAAUGCACAACAGAAUGCUAAGCCUUCAGAGGAUGGCCAGGGCGGCAUAGAGGGGCUCGAAGAGGAGGCAGAUCAACAAGGCGCAUUCAACCCAGAGACAGGCGAGAUCAAUUGGGAUUGCCCAUGUUUGGGCGGUAUGGCUCAUGGGCCUUGUGGUGAGCAAUUCAAGGCAGCCUUCAGCUGCUUUGUGUACUCUACCGAAGAGCCCAAGGGCAUGGACUGCAUCGACAAGUUCAAGGACAUGCAAAACUGCUUCCGCGAAUACCCUGAAGUUUACGGUUCAGAGCUAGACUCUGAUGCCGACGAGGAAGAUGACAUGACAGCCUCCACGGAAACACAACAACCCCGCUCUUCGCCUACUUCUGCCCCGCCAUCGGACACCUUCUCUUCCAACACGCAGUCCGACUCCAGAUCACAACCUGCCGCCGACGAUCAUGCCGCCUCAGCCAAGGGCGACUUUUCUAGUGAGCGUAGCUCGAAGCCUCACACCCCACAUGAGAACAACCUAGUCCCUGAGGAAUAUAAGCCAAAUGUCAAGCACAACCCAAUCUAUGACGCAAGGGGAGACAUGAGCAGCCUAGACAGCGAAAAGGAGAAGGAGAAGAGCAAGCAAAGGCCAAAGGGUGACAGCGAUACCGAGAGGGCGAACAAGGCAAAGAACCAGGUCAAGAGCCAAGAACCUGUCAGUGAGAGUGAGAGCAUGGUACCCAAGGCUAGGCAUGACGAGAAUGCGAAGGGAACAGAAAAGUUAGAGAGGAAGUAG